GGUUUGGGCCUGGCGCUGCGGUUGAGGCGGCGGCUGCCGAGCGGGGCGCAGGCGGUGGGAGCGGGGCACCGGCAUGGAUGUUUCGGGGCAGGAGACCGACUGGCGGAGCGCCGCCUUCCGGCAGAAGCUGGUCAGCCAAAUAGAGGAUGCCAUGAGGAAGGCUGGCGUGGCCCACAGUAAAUCCAGCAAGGACAUGGAGAGCCACGUGUUUCUGAAGGCCAAGACCCGGGAUGAAUACCUUUCUCUCGUGGCCAGGCUCAUUAUCCAUUUUCGAGACAUCCAUAACAAGAAAUCACAAGCUUCUGUCAGUGACCCUAUGAAUGCGCUGCAGAGCCGGACUGGCGGGCCCGCCGCGGGAGCAGCCGGCAUUGGCCUACCUGCUCGGGGCCCCGGCCAGCCCCUGGGCGGGAUGGGCGGCCUGGGGGCCAUGGGGCAGCCGAUGCCACUCUCGGGGCAGCCACCUCCUGGCACCUCGGGGAUGGCCCCCCAUGGCAUGGCCGUCGUGUCCACGGCCGCUCCGCAGACCCAGCUGCAGCUCCAGCAGGUGGCGCUGCAGCAGCAGCAGCAGCAGUUCCAGGCACAGCAGCAGGCGGCGCUGCAGCAGCAGCAGCAGCAGCAGUUCCAGGUACAGCAGAGUGCCAUGCAGCAGCAGUUUCAGGCCGUGGUGCAGCAGCAGCAGCUCCAGCAGCAGCAGCAGCAGCAGCAUCUGAUCAAGUUGCAUCAUCAGAACCAGCAGCAGAUGCAGCAGCAGCAGCAGCAACAACUACAACGGAUGGCACAGCUGCAGCUGCAGCAACAGCAGCAGCAGCAGCAGCAGCAGGCUUUGCAGGCCCAGCCGCCAAUACAGCAGCCCCCAAUGCAGCAGCCACAGCCUCCCCCCUCACAGGCCCUGCCCCAGCAGCUGCAGCAGCUGCAUCACCCGCAGCACCACCAGCCACCACCGCAGCCCCAGCCGCCGGUGGCCCAGAACCAGCCAUCGCAGCUCCCGCCUCAGUCACAGACACAGCCUUUGGUGUCGCAGGCUCCGGCCCUCCCCGGACAGAUGCUGUAUGCCCAGCCGCAGCUGAAACUCGUCCGGGCUCCGAUGGUGGUGCAGCAGCCGCAGGUGCAGCCCCAGGUGCCGCAGGUGCAGCCCCAGGUGCCACCGCAGACAGCAGUGCCGACGGCUCAGGCCUCCCAGAUAGUGGGUCCCGGAGUCCAGGUCAGCCAGAGUGGCCUCACCAUGCUGUCGUCACCAUCGCCGGGCCAGCAGGUGCAGACCCCGCAGUCGAUGCCCCCUCCCCCGCAGCCGUCCCCGCAGCCCGGCCCACCCAGCUCACAGCCCAACUCCAACGUCAGCUCCGGCCCUGCCCCGUCCCCCAGCAGCUUCCUGCCCAGCCCUUCGCCGCAGCCCUCCCAGAGUCCGGUGACGGCGCGCACCCCGCAGAACUUCAGCGUCCCCUCCCCAGGACCUUUGAACACGCCUGUGAACCCCAGCUCCGUCAUGAGCCCCGCGGGCUCGAGCCAGGCCGAGGAGCAGCAGUACCUGGACAAGCUGAAGCAGCUGUCCAAGUACAUCGAGCCCCUGCGCCGUAUGAUCAACAAGAUCGACAAGAACGAAGACAGAAAAAAGGACCUGAGUAAGAUGAAGAGCCUUCUGGACAUACUGACAGACCCCUCCAAGCGGUGCCCUCUGAAAACGCUGCAGAAGUGUGAGAUCGCCCUGGAGAAACUCAAGAAUGACAUGGCAGUGCCCACGCCCCCACCUCCCCCGGUGCCGCCAACCAAGCAGCAGUACCUGUGCCAGCCACUCCUGGAUGCCGUCCUGGCCAAUAUCCGCUCACCUGUCUUCAACCAUUCCCUGUACCGCACGUUCGUGCCUGCCAUGACGGCCAUACACGGCCCCCCCAUCGCGGCCCCGGUGGUUUGCACCCGGAAGCGUAGGUUUGAAGAGGACGAACGGCAGAGCAUCCCCAAUGUGCUCCAGGGGGAGGUGGCCCGGCUAGACCCUAAGUUCCUGGUGAACUUGGACCCUUCUCACUGCAGUAACAACGGCACCGUCCACCUGAUAUGCAAGCUGGAUGACAAGGACCUCCCCAGCGUGCCACCGCUGGAGCUCAGCGUGCCUGCCGACUACCCUGCCCAGAGCCCACUGUGGAUCGACCGGCAGUGGCAGUACGACGCCAACCCCUUCCUGCAGUCGGUGCACCGGUGCAUGACCUCGCGGCUGCUGCAGCUCCCUGACAAGCACUCGGUCACGGCCCUGCUCAACACCUGGGCCCAAAGCAUCCACCAGGCCUGCCUCUCGGCCGCCUAGCC